AAUCGAAUUUUGCCACACAUGCGCAAUAUGUCGGAUAAGACACGUCGCUAAAGUAUUAAAGGAGGAAAUCUGCAAGAUAACGAUAUCUGGCGCUUGGAUAUGAGAAUAUCGAUUACAUAACAUAUUAACACGUCAACGUCAAGGUUAUCUUAUUAAAACCGGCUUAAAUUAUUCUUUCUGGUCCAUUCUUGUGGCAAACUUUUCAUAUUUGAAAAAAUUAUUCUCGAGAAAAGAUGGAUUUGACAACGUUUUUUAUAGCGAUAGGCGGUUUCUUGAUAUCUGUUGCUGUACUUUGUGCAAUAGCAGUUUUUCUUAUGAAGGAAAAAACUUAUGAAGAAAUGAUUGAAGAACAACGUCAAAGAAGCGGCUUAGUAGACGAUGUGAAAAAAGUUAAAGAAGAAAAAAAGAAGACUAAAAAAGAAAAGAAAAAGAAGAAAGAUGAAAAGGAGGUGGGUAAGUCUAAGGAGAAAACUGUCGAACGUCAAGUAGAGACACAUACAAAAGAAAGCAAAAUGCUGGAAUUUGAGAUUGACGCCGAACAAAUUGCUGAGGCUGACAGUGGAGAAGUGAGAAACAGAAAGAAGAAGAAUAAGAAGGACGUGCAUGGAAUUCUACUGAACAAAGCAGAAAAGCCAGUCAUUAAAGAACGACAGGUUACCGAAACUGAAUUCCGAAAGCUACCUAGAGAUGAAGUUGAAAUGGAAUACGAUAGAAGAUCGAGGCAUUCCUCUUUCUCUGAACCACCCGUUGAGGAUGAUAAGAAAAAAAUUGCGGAAAAACGAAAGACUUUCGAAUCUCUAUUAGACAAAGUUAAGGGCGUUAAGCUAAACGAAAAAGAUAUAAAAAAUCUAAUAUCUAAUCUUCAACUUGAUGAAAAAUGGAGUCUGAUAAAGAAAGUUAAAGUUGAAAAAUGGCAAGAAAAGAUCAACCUUAAAGAAAGUGAGGUUAAAGAACAGGUUAAACGAGCUGAUGAAAUUGAACGUCGUUAUUACGUGGCACAAACUGAUGUUGAAAAGAUUCAAAGGAAAAUGAAGGAAUCCACUGAUAAAUUGUUAGCGGAGAAAGAAAAAUUGUCCUUAAAAUUAGAAAAUGUCGAAAAAGAACGAGGAAAUGAAAUAAUACAAUUAAGAGGCCAAACUCAUAACAUGAAUGAAAAAGUCAAUCAAUUGAACCAACAAAUCAGGAUUGUUACCCGUGAAUUGGACAACAAAGUUAGCGCUUUAACUACUACUCAACAAAGAUUGGCAAGUUUAGAGCAACAACAAAAGCAACAGCAGCAACAGCAACCGAAAGCUAAUAAUAUUGACGCUGAGGCAGCUAUUAAUAAAAUGGAACAAUUAAAGAAGGAAAAUGACGAGUUGAGAAAGAAAAAUGAAACACUGAGAGACCGGAAUAGAAAAGUCCACGAGGCUUUAACUGUAGCCGAGAAACGUGCCUCUGCUUUGAACGACGAAAGCGUAGACAAUCGUCAACUGCAACAAAACUUGCAGUCGCUAAACGAUCAGCUUCGCGAACGUGAGGCACAAUUGAGUGAAAUGUCAUUGAAAGUCCAGAAUUCAGAAAAAUUGGGAGCAGCAUACGAGCGUUUACAACAGCAAUUGAAUGAAGUAGAAGGAUUUAAAGUUGAAUUGGAGAAAAAAAUUCAAACUUCUGAAGAAGCGAAUAAGAAAUUGGUAGCAGAUCUGAAAGAAAUGGAAAAAAUUUGCGAUGGCAAAACAAACGAGUUUAAAUCCGAAUCGGAAAAAUUGAUAAAUGCUACUCAAGAAAUUGAAUCUUUGAAAUCUUCUCUAGAUGAAUUAAAAAAUUCUAAUCAUGAACAAAAUUCUUUUGCCGAGAAGAUCGGUGACUUAGAAAAACAAUUGAGCGCUGCUCAAGAUGCUAAGAAAUUGGCUGAAGAAGAAUUACAAAAAGUUACGGAUGAACUAACUAAAAAGAAUGAUGAGGCUACCAGGAAAAUUGAAGAAACUAAGCAAAAAGCUCUUGAAGAAUAUAAUAAUAUUUGUAAUGCUAAUGGAAACACUGAAGCUGAGCUGAGGAAUCUAAGAAAGGAGAACCAAGAAUUAAGAGAAGGCUGCCAGAAGGCAACUGAUGCUCUUACUUUUGCUGAAGCAGAUGCCGAGAAUAUUCGAAAGGAUUUGAACAAUAAAGCGAAGGCUUUAGACAAGCUGAAUUUGGAGAAUAAGGAAUUUCAGGAGCGGGAGAACAAGAUAAAGAGUGAAUUAGCAGCUGCACAGGAUAAACUGUCAUCUCUAGAAAAUUCCACCAAUGACAAUCAUAAUAAUUCGUUUGAUCUCUUGAGGCGGUUAUUCCCACAAGUAGAUUUGAAAAAUAAUAUGAGUGAAGAUGAAGUAAUUACUCUAUGCUCCAGCUACACUCAAGAUGAAAAGUUGCAGGCAAAACUACAACUACAAGAGUCAACAUUAGUUCAAACUAAAAAUGCCUUAGAUGCAAUUGAGAGUUCUGUUGAAAAGAACGAAGCUCAAUGGAAAGAGGAGAAACAAUCCAUGUUAAAUGAUUUAGCUAAAACGAAGGAAGAACUAGAGAGUCUUCGACGUAACCAAACUGAAGUGAGUCGAUAG